AUGGCUGAUCAUGUUGAUAACAAUGAAAAACCUCCACUGCCAUUUCAAACACCAGUGCAACAUCAAAUGGGACGCAUAUACACUCGGAAAAUUCUGGAAAUGUUUGAGAAGGAAGACUUCAGAAGUCUUUUAUGCUUGUUCGAACUUGUAGAGCAGAUGAGACGCACUGCAGAUACAAAGUAA